AUGCUGAAAUUGUUUAGUGAUAAGAAGACCAAAGAUAAAAAAGCCAAAAACAACAACAAUCUGAAUGAGAAGCGUCCGGCGUCGGCACAAAGUUCCAAUGGGACAGAGAGCGAAUCGGACCACCAUCGUGAAUAUGUGAAGACGUUAGAAAAUUUCAUAUUCUCCACUGAAAAGUUAGGAAUCGAUGGAUUAGCGAAACAAUACCGGAAACUGGACGCUCAGCUGGAUUCGUCGCUGAGUUUUGACGCCUUUAAGAUUAAUAUGCACAAAAAUCGAUAUUCGGACGUUGUCUGUCGUGACAACACUCGUGUAAAGCUGACGAUUGAUGCUAGCAAACAAGGAGACUACAUUCAUGCAAAUUAUGUCAAAAAUCCAUAUCUCCACAACACAUUUAUCUGUACACAAGGCCCGCUACAGUAUACCACACACGAUUUUUGGAGGAUGGUUUUUCAGGAGAGGGCGCAGAGUAUUUUGAUGCUUUGUCGAGUAAUUGAAGAAGGCCGCCCGAAAUGUGUAAUGUAUUGGCCAUCGAACGGAGAAGAGGAGACGUAUGGAUGCAUUCGAGUCAAGAAUAUGGGCGAGAGCAGUGACGAAUUCGAAGUUGUGAAUUUGGCAGUGACGUUUGUACCUGAUGAUGUGGCAGCCAAUGAGCAACCAACUGAUAAGUCAGAGCUCAGAGUGAACCUGAUUAAGUGGCCAAACUGGCCAGAUCGUGGUGUACCCGACGAGAAGUGCCAUACCGUUCCCCAACGUCUUUUGGCACAAGUCAGACAGGGACCGUGUGUUGUGCAUUGCUCAGCUGGAAUCGGAAGGACUGGAUGUGUGGUUGCACUGGAAUUCGCAUAUACUCGAUUGAAUAAAGGGGUGAAGGUGGACUUUGAGGAGAUCGCAAACGAGCUCCGAAAACAACGUGCCCAGUGUAUUCAAACCGAGAUCCAAUACCUCUACAUCCAUCGUGUAAUGAUUGCCUUUGCCAGAGGAGAGGCUGAAAUUUCAGACAAGGCUUGUGCAGCUGCAGACGCAUUCUUAAAGAACUACGACGAUCAUUUGAAGCGGAAUUAA